GUAGUUUGUGUUUAUCCCUCCCUCCGAGUAACCUUUGAUUUCUCGUAUUUCGAAAUAAGUCAUUGAUUUGUUUUCGUGUUUUUUACUAUUUCAUACAUAUUCACAUUUGUAUAGUACUGUCUUAUUAACUAAUUACCUCACAAUGUCUCUUAACGUUAAAAUAUUGCCUGGAGCGACAGUUUGCGAAGAUUGUACUUUAGAAGGUGAUAUCACCAUAGGUGGUGGUACAGUAAUCCACCCAAGAGUCACAAUUAUUGCCGAAGGCGGGCCGAUCAUUAUUGCAGAAUAUUGUAUUAUUGAAGAAUACUCUACAAUUAUACACAAAAAAAGUGACAAUCAAGAGAAUCCACCUAAACCCCUGUUCAUUGGAGCACACAAUGUGUUUGAAGUGGGCUGCAAGCUGGAGUCACCAUGUGGACACAUUGGAGAAAGCAAUGUGUUUGAAUGCCGAUCUUUUGUAGGAGAAAACAUAAAGAUAGGGAGCGGUUGUGUCAUUGGUGCAGCAUGCUCUCUAACAGCUCCUCAGACAUUGCCGGAUAAUACAGUCAUCUGGGGUUCAGAUCACCACAUCAGAGAGGCGUUGGAAAAGCAACCUUCUCAACUCUUACAACUUGACUUCCUCAGCAAAGUCAUGCCCAAUUAUCACCGAUUACGGAAACCAAAUGUGCAUAAACGACAGCCGGCUAGACCAUCACAGGAAACUUCACCAAAAGCGUAAAGAUUUAAGUACAUGUAAACGAACAUAUGGAAGUCACAUUGUAAUAAAUACACAUGGCUGUAUCAAAAGAAAUGUAUUAUGUUAGAUAGAAAACAGCAAACCUGUUUACUAUGUCAGACUAAAGUAGGCCAAUAUUGAACACAAAUGACUGACUAAUGACUACUCUUUUUAAGUUUUUUUUACCGAUCUUUAUAAGGACUCCACACAUUUGCAAUUACUUUCACAGUUGGACAUAGCUAUGCAAACUAGAAUCAACCCAUAAAAUGUCACUUUCGAGAUGAUUAGACUUCUGUAAGAACAGUGUGAAGAAAUAAAUAGAUAAGUUAUUAGAGACAGACAACGUUAGUUAUGUGUAGCAUUAAGAAUGAUAUAGGGAAACUAUUAUAUUACAUAGCAAUGAAUAGAAAACAU